UUUAUAGAACCAGAGGACGAGCAUGGGGGUAUUGAUGCUUCUAAUCAACAAUCUCAACAUGAAGGUAAGUGAAAGAGGGCGUCAAGGGAGACACAAACUCAAGACGCAAAUGAACAGACUCCUAAAACAUUGGUGUAAUUGUGUUACUGAGUCAACAUGCAUUCAUUUCGUUUAUUCAAAGUUUAUUCCUUCCCCAAAGACUGUUCAUCACACGAGGAACGAGGGCUACAUUGAGAGGGUGGUGAAAUUCAAACUUACUGCUUUUUUCGGUGGUUGUUUAAAUUGAAAAAUGUCCAUACUUGUGAAUCAUUCUUGUGUGUGUCUGAUUGUUUUACAGAGAUAGAGAAGCAUUUGGAUGAUGUUCUGCGUGUGGGUGAUUUCGAUGCGAUUGAUCAAACAGUGACUCCAAAAACCCUGGCAAGGUGUAAAACUAACACCUUAAUCAAAUCUUUCCAGGUUGGUCUUUUAACUUCAUCUUUACCUAUUUUACCGCCAUAAUUUACUUAGAGCUGUUUAGCCAGAUCAAGUUACAAAAUUGAUCCUAAUCACAUAGAUUUUGUUUCACUUCUCCAUAUGAUUAGUUCGUCAUGCGCAUACCGCUCUCUCUACUAAUUAGCGUCAAAACUACAACCAAUUGUUUCUUGUUCACUGUCUGAGAGUGUACUUGUAACCUUGAAGUAUCACUGGCUUGCAGUUAUAUCUUGUUUUCUUUCUCAUUGGUCAUCGAGGUUUCAGUGUACUAAUUUGCAAAGGACAAUUGAAAAACUCUCCCGCCUUGUUCAACAACUGGAGGCUAACAAGAAAUCAGAAACAAUAUUAUUGAUUUUUACGAGCCAUUUGAUGAAAACGAAGUCUUCAUUUCUUUUUAAACUCAGGUCAACAAAGCACUGCGAGAUUUAGCAGAUGGUGCAAACCCGGAGAAAGACGAUAUAGAACAUCUUGAAAAAUCUAUGUGCGAGUUCACAGCAGCCUUGAUAGAUCCUCUUAAAGCCGACGCCGAUACCAGAAAUACAUUUCAAAGUUGUUUUGAUGAUGUGGUGGACAAGGCAAUUGACACGAAGCAGAAGAAGGUACUACACGAGUGAUAAAAAGGUUUCCAAUCAAUACUUUAUUAAGACGAUUCUAGUGGGAAUGCUGUCGCCCAUCUGAACACAUAGGUGCCCUUACCUUUACGUGCUAUAUACGUAAGGAAAGAAUAGAGACAGCAAUGUCCCCACCAAUAACCACCGGUAAGGAGGCUUUGUGUGAUAUUGCAAAGGGGAAUAUAUAUUUUUAAGAUUUAUGCACACAAUAUUACGGUAUACUUAGUGCCAAUUCAAUGUACAAGACGUCGUUUUUAUGUCUUUCCAUUUUUUUUACAAAGAAGCAAUUAAUCAAUUUCCAGUGAAAGAAAGUUAUAUUCUGGUGAAUUUACUGAAUGAUGUAACGCCAAACUGAAUGAUUUGAAGACACUGAACAUAACCACAGCUGGGUGCUAUAGCUGAUCCGGCCAGAAAUUAGUUUUCGGCUUAAAUUGUAUCAGUAAUUUCUAAGAAAUCUUUCACACCCUUGCUUUAGCAGUUCUAUUCUGUUGUAGAUCACAGUCGUGAAGUCAAAAUGUGGCAAGAGCAAAGAGGUGGCACAUGACACGCGGCCGGGUGUAUCACUGAUAUGUCGCGAAAAUUGUUUUGAAUUAAAUGAAGCCAAACUUUGUUAAUGAUGACUUCCCCUAUGAGGCUCUCCUCUGAUAAGUAAUAAGCAAAAACUAGUCCAAAUUCAGCUCAUUGCGUAAAAUAAUGUAUCGACGAUUUUUUUCGCAGUUCAUCUCUCACCCGGUGGUGUAUAACUUGCUCAACUCCAGAUGGUACCAAUCCUAUUUUCACGUAAGAAAAGAAUCAUGGCGGACACCUCAACGCUGGGGAUACUUUUUUCUCAACCUCUGGACAGUGUUUGACAUCGUCUUUUUCCCCUUUCUCUUUGUUAGUUUCUUCGUCGUGCAUUUAAUAAAACAGGCCUUGAGGAGAAAAAGAGGUUUGUAAUUUAGCAUUACAUGGUAAUGCGUCUUUAGCAAGCUCUUAGGUAUUCAAGAGGUUUGAACCUGGAGGAGGAGAGGGGGAGGCGCGGAGGGUGAUGGUUUUUUGUAUUUUAUUCCUAACUCCAUAAACCUAGGUUACCAUGCAAGCUGAGUCCUCUCAACUUAAGCAAUACAGGAGUCCUGGCUAAAACUAUGCGUGAGGUGCGGGUCACGUGUUUCUUCCCCGACGCGUGAAACGCGCUUCGUGCUUGCCUCGUGCUUGCCACCAUUCGCCUGAAAAAGACCCAAAAAAUACGCCUGUUCUACAGGCUACAUCGUUCAAGGAGUGUUCACAGGCCUGGUAUUUGUUACCACCUGAUCAUAACAGUCUUAAGAGUGGUUGGGAUCGUUCUAAACAAGUCUUGAGAUAAGAUACGAGCAGCUACUGGAGAGUUGUUGUGGUGCAUGGUAUCAGUUGUUACAAGUUUCCUUUAUUGAUCAGUGGUUUAUUCGUUUAGCUUAUGAUGCUUUCCUUGAUAAUUUUUCAGAAACUGAAAUAUGCUUUGUUUUGACACUGGGAAAAGAUAGCUCAAAAGAAGAAUUUGAUCUGAUUAAAAGGACAAUGAACUACAUUGUUCGUGAAUAUGGCUGUCACUUUGCCAAAUACUGUGUUGUUUUACAUGAAGACCACAAAAUGAUCGGUAACAUCAACUUUAAAGAGAGGUGCUCUACUGAGGCUGAACUUCGAGCGAGGAUUGACGCGUUACAGCUGCCAAGCUCUACCAGUUCACUCUGUGAAGAUCUUAUGGCCACCCGAAGUGCAUUCACAAACCAAACACAUAGGAAGGAGGCCAGAAAGGUGAGGUAUACGUGCGCGCAACCGUUUUCUGAAGCGCUGCCGAGUUUUGUCACUUAACUAGUUCCCAUGGGCUCAUUUUGCAGUCAUGAGCUGGCUAUCAGGCCUUGGCAAAUUAUACUUACCAAUUCGUAUUCAGUAUUGAUUGAUUUUGACGACCGCACGCUACAGUUGAUUUAUGUUUAAAACAUAAACACAAAUCAUGUUUUUUUGUUAGUGUCAUGGCUCAUAGGCCGGCCUCUUGCAUUUGCCCUCUUGCCGGAGAACUCAGGCUUUUCCUUCUUGCUUCAAGCUUUUAAACUCGCUGUCACGAAUAAUCGAGCGUCUAUGCUCUUUCUCUAUUAGAUAUCAGCAUGAGAAAACAUGUCCCACUAUUUUCCCUUGAUAUAGGUAAAAGCAAUAACCAUUUCACGAUUGCUAUCGGCUCGUGAUCUUCCCGCCUUUCUUAAGAACUAUUGCGUAAAACUCCUCGGGAAUUUUGUUCAGGACCUCCGGUACGUCCCUUUUAAAUAAUUUGUUUUUAAGUCCCAAAAGUUUCAGACUUUUAGCCGGAUGUUUGUGCUUUUUGGGGUAUCUUUUCUCUUAGUAUUCUCCCGUAAACUCUGAACCAAAACGUGGUUACUCUCCCUGACUUGUCCGCGGUUUUGUUCUGCUGUGCUUUCGCGACUCUCUUGUCAAUCGAUUUAAUUUCAACUUUCUGCAAUCCAUUUCACUUUUUGCAUUCAGUUUCAACUCUCUACACAGUUUGGGAUUAACUGACGCCUUCUCAGCCAAUCAGCAUGCUGAAAUUUUGUGCAUACAUAUUAAUGAUUUAGUUCUUUAUCUUAUCUGGCAUUUCAUGUACAUAACAGCUACAGUUAUCAGUUGUGUGAACAGAUUAAACGGCGAGAUAAACAAAACUAUUAUAACUCAUGCAAUAGAUCCAUUAAGAUACUCACAAGCACAUCAAUAAUAUUUUUGCGAAUCCAAUCCUUGUUGCUGAAAGUGUAAAUUUUUUUUUAUUGAAAAAUUCAAGCAGCUCUUUUAUCAGAAGGCCAUUGUUGUUCAAGAUUGAUAAGUUUGGGCUCAUAUUUGAUAAGACUUGUAAAUUUGUUUUUGAGAAUCAAAUGGAAUAAAUAUCACCUUAUUUUUAAUUUUAUGUUUAUAUUAGGCGGUCGUUCUCUUUCUUAAUGACUCGUUACGCAUGGUUAAUGCUAACAUUGAGAGACUACCGCCCCUAAAGGAGAUAAAGGAUAUGCAAGUUAACAUCUUUCCCGUCGGUAUCGGGGAGUACGCCAAAUUAUCAGAGUUAAAUAAGAUGGCAACUAAAGAUUGCACAGCACGUCACUUUGGAGAAUACGAGUCACACGAGACGUUGGGGACAGCUGUCAUACAAGGUAACAUGGGGAGGUUUAAAAUUUCGGUAUAAAAAAAACCCUCCUUACAAUGAUUAUUCUCCUAUUUGGUUUGGGAAAAAAUAAGAAAGCAUUGCAUGCAGUUGUUACGAUUUGAAUUGAGGAAGGUUUUUAACGGUGCUAUAUUUUUAAAAGCUUUUACUUUUCUCCCCACUUCUCGGAAGCGUGACUGGCUUUAUAAUUGAUAUGUUUUACUUUCUUACAGGUAUCGAGGGAAAGAACAUCUAUGGUGAGGACGAGCUAUUUUUGGUAGCUAGAUUUCCAGACCGUUAAACUUUUUUUUUUUCUAAUAAUUUUCGCUAGACCGUCAGUGCUUCCAGAGUUUUCUUUUGAUGGUCUCCAUUCUAAGCUAGCGUCUCAAUCAUUGUCCUACCGAGUAUAACUAUGAUUAUUAUGAUGCCUUCCAGAGAAAUACAAGGAUUACUUUACGACUCCUUAUUUCGUCUUUUUCCGCGACACGCUGAGCUAUCUCAUCCUCCUCGUUCUGCACUUCGCCAUUUGCCUGUCCCCUUCAGCUAUUGCGUUCAGUCGACUAGAAUGGGCCAUUUCAGUUUUCUUCCUGGGACGCGUUUUGAUGGAGGUGGAUCAGUUUAUUAGUACUGAAAAGGCUGGUAUGAAAGAACGUAUGCUGUGGAGGAGGAAAAGGGAUGGCUCCAGCUACCAAGUAUGUUCACAUGAGGGUCAACAAGAGACAAAUGAGGCAGAAGAAGACAAUAUCAUGCUAAAGAACCUUAAUAAUUAUUUUAGGUAUUUCAACUUUCUAUUGUCUGUUUGUUAGUGACAAUAGUAGAUUCUCAUUCAUGUUGGGGGCAUGAUCAGCUAGGAAGGAUGGGGAAAAAGAGUUAACAGCUUGAAGAAGGUAACAAAAUGAGUCACUGUUCUCUGCCUGGUACACUGGUAAUUUUUUAGAGCUGUAUCAUUAGUCAUGAGGUGACAUUGUUCACUGCCUGGGUUCAUUGAUAGCAACCAGUGUUUAUUGUUUUAGUACACCGUUAAUUAGCUCGUACCCUUUGUGUAAAAAAAAUAGUGGAACAUGUAACUGAUUAUCUUGCUUUAUAAUUAUGCAAGAUCUAGCUGUUCACGGAUUACAUCAAAUAAAUGGUCUUCUAGUACUGAUAUCUACUACUUUUUUAGUGACCGUUGGAAUGUGCUUGACUUCAUCAUUCUUGUUUUCUACCUGAUUACCUUCAUACUACGCAUAAUUACAUGGAGGAACUCCACGGACGUGUCAGAAAACUCACUCUUGGCUGUCUCAGAGUAUUUCUAUGGAUUUAUCGCCAUGUUUCUCACACUGAGAGCCUUUGGUCAAGUCAUAGAGCGCGUGCGGGGAAUGGGUGCAAUACAAAUCGCUUUGUUCUUUGUUAUCUGGGAUGUAAUGGCGAUAUUUUGGCAGUUUUUGGCCAUGAUUCUGGCAUUUUCCCUGGCUAUGACCAAGAUAUAUGUUGCUGAGAAGGCCUAUACCUUAGGAAAAGAUUCCGCGAAGGAUUUGUGAGUACAUAGUGCGAUCUUUCUAAAGUAUCGAAACCGUGAGUGACAGAUUCUAACUUGCUGGGCUCAUUCAUUUGUUACUCUUUUGUAGUAGUGGGGUGGAAGAGUUUUCCUUUUACAUUAUGGAGGGGACCUCAUGUAUGUCUAGGCACCCAAUGUAGGAAACAGUGGGCUAAAAGCUAAUCAAGUGAGAUUUAGCUUUUUGGAUGGAAAGCCUGACAGGAGGGUAAAACUACUCAGAUCAGAAUGUCAAACGUUGCAUGAAAGGCCGAUUUUUACAGUCUUUAUGAAUACUCACGCAGGCCUCAAUAAAUAAGUCACUUCGUCGCGCCACUAAUACAAAAGGUUUGAAAUCAAAUUAUGAUAGCCUGAUACCCAUUAAUCAUUGCUGGGUCAGUCGUAGUCAUGAAUUGUGGAGUCAGUGACUUGCUAUACACCGUGAAUUUUUGUGUUACGGGAGGUAUAAGUUCAGGAAUGUUAGUUAACAAUUUCUCUGGAAAAACACAACUGUGUAAAAUAAAAUUCGGAGGGGGGAGUGGUUAUGUAACUUUGACAAUUUCUGUUGGUUAAACCGUAAACCAUGACAACAGUUUCUUUAACCAUUCAUUUUUCCUAUCAUUUUUAGGGCAUGCAGUGAUUCCGGGCUAAUUUGGUAAGAAUAAAAUUGUUGUUUUUUCUACUCUAAUUUUAACUUUGUACUCUGAUGUCUAAAAUAUACCAGGUUACACGAAAUUUUUGCUAACCUUGAAUUUCGCGCUUUCAAUAUGCCGCGAUUAUUUUAAAAAGUUUCAAGCGUGAAAUUCUAUACCUGAGGGGUCGGAAAGGCUAAUUAAGGUCUCCCGAGAGGAAAAGAAGUGAGAAAAAAUCAUUCUGAUGUGUUGAAAUAAGUACUGAUGUUCAACACUGAGCUUUAUCAGCUUCAUCAUGAAAAUUUGCAGGAAAGACACUCUUUCCUUUCAGGGCAGCAGAUUUACUAGAACAAGAAGCAGAGCUGCGAGUGAAGAAACCCUCUUUGCCCCCCAUCCCUCUCGCGGCUUCGCGUCCGAUUAAUUAACGCUACUUCAGACUUCAUCGUUGCUAUUUCUUUUUACCAGUGGUAUCCCUCAGGUUUAAGGUUAUCUUGUGAUAUUUUGGAUACCAACCCUUAAAUGUGUUGGUGUUUCACUUGAUGGAGCUGACCAGGAAUCUUGAAAGCAAAUUUUGAAAUCGAUCAUCCAUGUAGGAGUAGUGACACGAUGGCCUCCAGGACACAGACGUUUGAAAACAUUUAUGGCGGUCAUAACAAUCUCAAUUUCAAAAAUUCAAUGGUGUUUCGAUCUAACUCGUUGCUUAUGUUCUUCAGUUGGUGGAACAUGGCGACACACCUUGGUUGGUCUUUACUAGGUUUAGCUGACCUGGAUAGGUUGAACUCCGUCGACGAUUCAUCCGUUUCUCUUAUUCAUGUGCUGUACAGCUUCUUCUUAAUCAUGGCAGUUAUUCUUCUCGUGAACAUGAUGAUUGCGUUGCUCUCAAACACCUAUCAGCAGGUUCAGGUACUUAACAGUCUCUCUGCCUUCGCUGAUGUAUAUUAAUUCUGUUCAUAAUCCAGAGUUAAGAAAAUAUGAGAAGUUCUCGACUGUAAACUCGGUAGGACUUUUUUGGCGUAAGAUACAAAAUACAUUUUUCGCAAAGUUCAAAAGAUUCUAUGAUCAUUUAUAAAUGUACUUUUAGCCGACUGACGCUUUACACGAAAAUGAUGGCGAAUAUUGUCCCUCUGGUAUGAUAUGCCAAAAUAUUCUUCCGCUAUAGGAGUGUCGCCUGUUGUUUUUAUUAACUGGUACUUCCUUAGAAGCUGUUAAGUCCCUCGCAUUCCUCUAUUAUCAGGAUAAUUCACUGCAGGAGUGGUCUUUCAAGAGAGCCAUUACUGUAAGAACUUACAGCACCUAUCAUCCGAUACCAGUGCCCUUCAACCUUUUGUCUGUCCCCCUGAUAGCACUCUGGAACCUAUGUUGGCGCGACACUCCUGCUUCGCUCAAGGGCGGACGGGUAAGCUGCGGCCUUGCCAAUUAGUUUUGUGAGUUUUAACAAGCUGCUGUUGUUUAAAGUUAUCGUUCACGUCUGCUCAGUGAUUUUACUUCACUUUCGAUGUGGCCUUCUUUGAUUCGACAGAGAGUAGCUCUGAAUAAAGUGGUGAAGAAACUAGAAAGGAUGUACUUCGAGAAAUACGGUUAUGAAUUUCCCCUCACAGGUGGGUGAUAUGCUAGAUUAGUAGAUAGCCCCAGAAAUCUAUGAUAUGAUCAUAAAAAGAAUAUGGCGGAAAGAGAUGUUUUUCUACUAAACCUUGCUUCGCUAUGAUCAAAGUAAUAGUUCUAAAGAAGUUUAUACCAUGACAGACAAGAAAUAAAAAAUCACAAAUUAAGAAUUCCAGUAAUGAUAAUCUAUUUAUAACGAAGGGUAUCGUAAUGAUUUUGCGGACUAGAUUCAGAAGAGACCAAUUUAAUAUUUGGUUCCUCGCUUUGUUUUAGAGGGGAAAAAGAUAGAUCACUUGGUGCAUGAAAAUGAGGGAGGACGAAAAUUGGCCAAUCAGAUAGUUCGGCAAGUAUUCCGACCGCGUGGAAAUAAGGAGGAAAAACUUGCGUCUGGCCACAGAGUGAGUGUUUUUCAGGCCCACAUUCUUAUGUUAAUUAAACAGGAAGUUUCCCUACCAUAUACUAUGGAUCCUGCUCCAUCAGGAUACACCUUUUUAACCUUUUUAAUUUGCAUUUUAACCUUUUCCCUCGAACACAAAUUUAAAUGUACGAUUGAGAAAAUCUUUCAAGAAACGUUGUGCUGUAGUUUCCAUGUUCCCUUGAAAAAAAAACGGACUUGUUUUGUAGUGACAUAGAAAAGCUGAUCUGAAAUGCUGCUCCAGGAAGUACAAAAAAAGUCAACAAAACUCGCUCUCAAUGCGCGAUACGAAAAGUAAUGGGAGGGUUAUAGCUUGAAUAAAACCCCUUCUAGCUUGCUGGUAUGUCGGCUGACAAUGUCACUGGUUGAGAGAUUGUCUUUAAGUUUUCAAAUUUCUACUUGAAGCUUUGGUUCUUGGCCAAAUGUUCAUUCUUGGACAAUGUCUCAGCCGUAGACAUUUUCAGGUGACAUACCAGCCGCCUGAAGGGGUCCAUCGUGUUACUGAAGUUUUGUUUGAUUGUCAUUUAAAGGCGUGGUAUGAUUCGCCGGGAAUUGCUGUCGAUGGCUGUCUCCUAACUUACGUGGGACCAGAUGUCUGCGACAUAUGCAAAAGUGGAAAUCGUAAGAACAUUCACAGUGCCAAGUUCAAGUCUCCCUUUACGCCAGAGACACCAAGAUUUGAGGUGUGCUUUCGAUUUAUAGAAAAUUAUUUGCGAACAAAAAAUUUAAUUCAUAUACUUCCUGCUUCAUGAUAGAUUCUCUGAAGAUGCAACAUAAUUACAUUGUCUUUUUACCCUCUUCUCUUAAAUAACCUCCCUCUUGUAGGCGCUGGUAUUCUUUUCUAUUUUGUAGCUCUACAGGUACUAAUUUUUCUAAGAAUGAGCUUAACGGUGCCUCCAUAAUAGAAAGACCAGACCGGUUCCUGAAAAACAUCUUUAUGUUCCUCUUGUGGUAUCCUAUUUUCACCUUUGCUUUAAUGGUAACGUGUCAACAUGGAUCAAGUUUGGGCACUUAACCCUGUAACACCUAAGAGCGACUAUGAUGCCAAUGUCUCCACACUUUAUUAUCCCUGAGUCGAACAUUAGGGUCACUUGGAUAAAGUAAAUGAUCACCAACCGAAACAGCUCUUCAUUGUUUAAAUAAUUCUUCCUUGUCAGCACAAUUGUAUAGAGAACAGCAUGGAGAAUAUUCAUAAUUAUGUUAGGGUAUGAAAGGUUAAAUUUAUCUCCUUUAUAUCCUUAGAUUAGUGUGUUGCUUUGUAAUCAUCAUCAUUAUUGCAGUUGUUAUUAUAGCUGCUUUUGUUGUUUAUAUGAUCAUUAUUUCGGAUGUUAAUUGUUUAUAUUAUGGCUAACAUCGUCUUUAUAAUCGUCAUUAUUUUGCUUUGGUCUAAGAAACUAGUAUUCCCUCGGUCUCAUGAGCAAAAAAACUCAUUUGCAUACUGAAACAAAAAUUAAAAGUAUGGGACUUAUGGCAACCGUAACAACAAAGUCUAAAAAAGAAAAGGCCGUCAUUGUUUUGCAGGUACUUAUUCAGGAGACUGGGGAGAGGCGUAUUGUGGCACUGGGUGCUGUGCAUGAGUCGUACGACUGUCACAAAAUGCCUGGCUGGUAUAGUGGAACAGUCGGUUACCAUAUAGACGAUGGCAAAAUAUUUGAAACUGGCUUCCAUGAGCUGGGAAGAGAAGUCGAAGGUAUGGGUUACUCUGACGAUAGGUGUACGAUAUCUGCCACAAGGAUCUGUUGGCGCUUGGAAACAUAAUUAAAGUCUUACCGUCCUUCUGAGGGCGACCUUGCGACAGUAGGUUUCUGUUUUCCAAAAGAAAAAGAUUCACAAAUUUUCGUUUGUGAACGUUAUAGGGAUCACUUUAAAUUCGUUAUAGACUCCUCGAGAUGAUUAUUCUGACGUGCAUGAGAUAAGUGGGAAAUGUAUUGUAGCUGUGUGAUCAAUAGAAUGUUGAACGUAGUUACUGUAAAAUCCAUGUGCCUAGAGUGUGAAAUUGAAAAAACCCUGAAUCCUUCGAUCGUGGAGGGUUCCAACCCUCGCCUUCUGCUUGCCGAUCAAAUGGUCUACAGAGAACUCAUUUAAGGCCAAAGAAAAACAAGAUUCAUAUCAACAAAUGCUUGACGCUACUAGGAUCAUUUAUAUCGUCAACACUCCUUGUAUAAAUACAGUGAGGGAGAUUAAACUUUGUCUUCGAAUGAACGAAGAGGUAGGUAAUUGAUCAAGACCGAACAACAAGGAAAAAAAGUCCAAUUUCACAUCCUGGUGUUACACGGUUGGUUGCCUCAUGUUUAGCUUAUUUUGUUAUCUUUUUGCUAUUUACUUAAUUUUUUCUGUUGAUAACUUAGGAGCCAUGGCUUACCGCGGUGAUCUCAUCGCUUGUGAAGUUGAUUUUAGUGGAGGCCCCGAGGGGAAAGUCUCUGUGUUGUUCUCCUUGAACGGUAGAGAAGUAGCGCGUUCUUCAGUGGAGUAUACUGAGGGAAAUAAACUAUUUCCCUUCGUUUCAUUGGGAUUUGAAGGCAUUACAGUGCUCACCAAGGUAUGUUCGAAAGAUGGAGGGGGGGGAGGGGGGGGGGAGGGGGAGGGGGAGGGUAAUGGGCUAGAAAUCUAUAAAUGGUAUGGUUUCAUCAGUAAUCUGCCAACAUAUCAUACCUCGGCACACUCCUCCAGCUACAAUUAAUCGAGGGAUUGUUCCUGUGACCAAAUUGAAAGCAUGUGGAGAGGGAGCUCUCUCUACGGCAGCUAUCAGGCUCUAGAAUCAAAAGAAGAACUUUGUCGUAUCCAGUGUUAAAAAGACCACAAAAAUUUUGUUCAAGUCUGUGUAAUUUUAAUAUUUGCGAACAUUUACAACUUUCUACCAAAAUUCAGUGCCCUGAUUGCUCUUAAUUAAGGUACGAACAGGGAAAUAGCGUGUCGAUCUAAUUUUUAGAAUUCUAUAUCAGGCAUAUCUGUAUUCCAUAAUUGUGAACAUUAGAGUUUAUACUUUACACCUGUGAUCAUGGCUGCCCUAAAUUUUCGUACUUUUCUUCUUCAAAGUUGAGACGUUUGAUUUCCACACGUUUUAGAUGUGCCAUCGUGACAGAGACCGUUUUAGUAGAAUAACAAACGAAGACAUUCAGGAAGAAAUUGGAGACCUGCGACGUGAUUUUCAGAAUCAACUUACCGAGCAAAGGAGGAUGUUGUCAGAAAUGAGAAAUUUAGUACUGCGUUUGAAGGAAGUAAAGGAUAAAGAUGAACAAGAAGAAGAUACUAAGAAACUGGCGGGUGACUUAAGUUAA